AUGGUACAAAAUUCACAUGAUGAACCAAAUAUUGAAGCUUAUGGUCCAACAUCUGAUAAACCACAUGCAAAAACCCCUUCUAAACAUAUUGUGGAUACUCUUGUAUUUUCCAUCAAUGUAACUAACAUCUUUGACGAAAAUGAUGAUUCCUAUAAUGACCUGAGGGAAGAGAAUCCUCAAUCGGAAGAACCUGAGGAUCAUGGUCAAGAGAGUGUGGAAGUUGAUCAACUUGAUGAAGAAGAUGAUGUGCCCAUCGUCAACAUCAUGAAAAGGAUUAUUGAGAGCAUUACCAAACCUCAAGAGAAAGUUGUAGCUCUAGAAGUGGAGGAUGUUGAUCAAGAAACCAAGUCUGAUGAAACACUUAUUAGAACGAUGACUACUGGUAUGAAACAGAAGAAGAGGGAUGCUUCCACUAAUAAUAUUAUUAGAAUUAUCAAAAAGAAAACCCCCAAAAGGACACAUGUGAGUAAGAAGAGAAAGGUUGAAGAGAAAGUAGUUAUGAAAAAGUCUCUAAAGAGAAAUCUUGUUCAAACAAGUGACAUUGAGAGAGAUAUUGAAGCAGGUAUCCAAAGACUAAAUCUCCCGUAA